CUGUCAAAAAAACAAGCAGGCAAAACCCUGCCAGAGGGCGCUCGUGUCCGGAAGGUGCCAAAAUACGAGAUGCAAAAUGCAAGGCGUCGAGGCAAGAUAUCCGGUUCACGGAGUAUUAGCAAAGAUAUUGCUCUUGAUAUGAUAUUGAAACCCCCCCCUUUCCCCUGGGCCGAACGAUUCGAGGCGGGUGAAGACUGGAUUGGAAGGAUGCAAGUCGUUGCAUUGGACCUGGCUCAUUGCCCGGACGGCUCACGUGCCUUGCCAUGUGUGCAUUUGAAUGAAUGGAUGUUUGGUUGCAGGCUCGCGUUGAGGCUCGUCUGGAGCGGUGCUGGAAGAUUCUUCAGGUGCAUUGCUCCAGACUUAGCGGGCGACUGGCCAAUUCUGCCAAUAUUGCAUCGAAGGCUCGAAGCGUCGUCGCCAAACAAACAGAGGCAAACAUCCAUGGACCCCGGCUCGGGCUGCGGCCGUUGGCGGUGGUGGGGCCAGCGCCUGGCCCGAAGCCGUUGGAAAUCAUCAUGGCCCACCAGCAUCCACCCUUUGAAUGACCAUGACCACCACCGCUAUCAUCAUCAUCAGCAUCAUCAUCAACACCAGGGGUGGACUGCGGUACAUGGGAACCAAAUCCCCGGCGCACGGAGGCAGGGGACGCACAGCGAGCCAAUUAGCCUAGACAAGCGCAGCCGUGAUUCGCAGGCCAGCUUCCCUCACUAUAGCCUUUCCUGGUUGACCUGCCCCCAAAGCGUCGUUCGUGUCCGUUGCCCGCCGCGCUUUGAGCAGUCCUCUGUGCGAGCUGGGAAGUGGACGCGCCCAAUGUGGCAUCGUCUGCCUCGUGCACACAUUGUGCAGUGCGCUGCAUCCCCCUCCUUCGCCGCCAGACAAGCACGCAGCCCACCCAUUGUCCACAACGUUGUUCCAUCGCUUCUUCCGCUGUCAUCAUUCCAUGCCCUAUCCUUUCCAGGACCCCUCUCCACCCCGGCGUCUCUGAUCUCUAGUAGAAUUGCACUACCUACUCCCUGGCCACCAUCGCAAACCCACCUGGCCGACCUAUGCCCACCCAAUUCGGCUUCCUGCAGCACCCGUGAACAAAUAAACUACCGCAUGCCCCAACAACACCAACACCAUCAACACCACCCGAAUGCUCCAUCGUCUCUCCUUCCUUUUCGCCCGUCUCCAGACAUGACCGACACUCAGAAACUGCCAGCUUUGUCUCCUUACUUUGACCAUUCUCGACGCCUGCCUCCCAUCAAGAUUCCUCCCGACACUUCGCCCUCUGUACCACCGCCGCCGCCGCCACAUGUCGACUACUCUUUCCACCACCAGCUCCCAUCCAUACAGUCCGGCCUGCCUCCACGACAUCACCCCCAACAACCCCACAACCACCAUCAACCUUCCGCUCCAUCUUCCCUGCCAAGGCCUUCAGCACCAUCUGUGGACAAGAUACUGCAUCACCAAUCCAAUCCCAUCCCUUAUACUCCACCAAGAUCAGACCCUCCCUACUCUCCCCAGCAGUACGGCCCACCAAUAUCACCACGCACCGAAUUUGAACAUAGGUCCCAAAGGUUAACCGAGCAACGUUACCCUUAUGAAGACUCUCGCCCCACACCACACCAACCAUCUCGUCACGAGCAACCCUAUGCUUCCCUUACUUCCCCAGUGGAACAGCCCCAGCCGCGACCGUACGCGCCUCACCAGUCACCGAGCUAUCCGUCCGCUUAUGCAUCCAACUCGACGCCGUUCCACGGGUCCGUGGGUUCUCACCGAGGGUCCAUCUCGCACUCGCUGGGUCCCAUAGCCUAUUCUGAACCCCCGACUGCUGGCCCACCACCUCGGCAAAUCCCCCGGCCUGGGUCCAUACCGCAGCCUGUCUACAACGACCAACUGAAACUUAAUUACGAGUUGCGUGUACGACAACAACCUAUUGCAGCCCGAGCAUGCGGUUUUGGCGAGCGGGACCGCAGAGUGAUCGACCCCCCACCAAUCAUCCAACUCAUUGUAACCGAUCCCAAAACAGGAGCCGCAGAACAGGAGGAGCUGCGUUAUUCACUAAAUGUUGUGCACUGCACGUUAUGGAACGCAAAAGGCACGAGCGAAGAGACGGCACUGAUACAGCCCGACAGGCGGACGACGCGACGACUCAUGGGCCAGCUGGUGGCAUCGCCUUCGGUGGCCAAGGACGAACACGAUGUUGAAGGUUGCUUUUUUUGUUUCCCCGAUCUCUCUUGUCGCACUCAUGGCAUGUAUCGCUUGCGGUUUGUGCUUAUGCGACUUGACCCGAUGAACCUUCACGUUGGCGGCUUCUCACCCAUUCUCAACGAAGUGCUGAGCGAUGUUUUCACUGUUUAUACAGCCAAGGACUUCCCUGGAAUGCGGCCUAGCAGCGCUCUCACACGUGCGUUGAAGCUGCAAGGAUGCAACAUUCAAGUAAAAAAGGGCAAUGAAAAGGCACUGGCUCGCAAGCGACUUACACAAAGCCAAGACCACGAUAAUCACGAAGAUGACGACGAAAUGGGAAAACGACGGCGCAAGGACUGA